GGGGCGAAGGGCGGUGCCCCCAGGUAAGCACAUCAGCACCCUCCACAUCACAAACACACGCCCAGAGCAGCACACAGAGGAGGCACAGUACUGAGAGUAGCCGAGACUCCCUGGAGCCAGACACACACUUCCCUCCGCUCAGGCUAAGGACGGAGCUCACAGAGAAGGAGGCAAAAACAGCCGCAAUAUUUGGAAACAUCGAAACAAGGAAGUUGGAUACAGAACACAGCGGGAAGCAUGUUCAGCUGGGUCAAACAGGAGCAGGGUGGCAGCAACAAAGAAGGAGAGAUGUACCAGACCGUUACGGAGGGACUGCAGACUCUUUACACCAAGAAGCUGCUGCCGCUGGAAGAGACCUAUCUCUUCCAUGACUUCCACUCCCCGGCCCUAGAGCCUGCUGACUUCCAGAGUAAACCCAUGGUACUGCUGGUCGGCCAGUACUCCACUGGGAAAACCACCUUCAUCAGGUAUCUACUGGAACAAGAUUUCCCUGGGAUGCGGAUCGGUCCUGAGCCAACCACUGAUGGCUUUAUAGCAGUGAUGCAUGGUGAAAAUGAGGGGGUUGUCCCAGGCAAUGCUCUAGUCGUCGACCCCAAGAAACCCUUCAGGAAACUCAACGCGUUUGGAAACUCCUUCCUCAACAGGUUUAUCUGCUCCCAGAUGCCCAAUCAGGUUCUUCAGAGCAUCAGCAUCAUUGAUACUCCUGGUAUCCUGUCUGGAGAGAAACAACGAAUCAGCAGGGGUUAUGACUUUGCUGAGGUCCUGCGUUGGUUUGGAGAGCGAGUGGACCGGAUCAUUCUCCUCUUUGAUGCACACAAGCUGGACAUCUCAGAUGAGUUUUCAGAGGCCAUCAAAGCUUUCAAGGGUCAAGACGACAAGAUCCGAGUCGUCCUCAACAAGGCAGACCAGGUGGACACCCAGCAGCUCAUGCGGGUGUAUGGCGCCCUCAUGUGGUCACUGGGGAAGGUGAUCAACACUCCAGAGGUGGUGAGAGUUUAUCUCGGCUCCUUCUGGGCCAAACCGCUGCAAAACACAGAGAACAGGCGUCUGUUCGAGGCAGAGUCUCAGGACCUGUUCCGGGACAUCCAGAGUCUUCCCAGGAAUGCUGCUCUCCGUAAACUCAACGACUUGAUCAAGAGGGCGAGGUUGGCCAAGGUGCAUGCCUACAUUAUCAGCUACCUGAAGAAAGAGAUGCCAUCUCUGUUUGGACGGGAAAAGAAGAAGGACGAACUGAUCCAGAGACUCCCGGAGAUCUACACCGUCCUACAGAGAGAGCACCACAUCAGCCCUGGAGACUUCCCCAAUGUCACUAAGAUGCAGGACAUGCUGCAGCACUAUGACUUCAGUAAGUUCCCAUCUCUGAAGGUGAAGCUGAUUGAGAAGGUGGAUAAAAUGUUAGCCUCAAAGAUUGCUGUUCUUAUGGCGAUGAUCCGGGAGGAGGAGGCCAAGCAGCCUCCUGCCAUGGUGUCAGGUGGUGCCUUUGAGGGCUCCCAGGAUGGGCCCUUUGGUCAGGGCUACGGUGAGGGGAUCAGUGCUGGGGCUGACGCUGAAGAUUGGAUUGUCAGCCGGGACAAGCACCGUUACGAUGAGAUCUUCUACACUCUGAUGCCUAUCAACGGCAAGAUAACUGGCGUCAAUGCCAAGAAAGAGAUGAUGAACUCUCGGCUGCCCAACACUGUGCUAGGGAAGAUCUGGAAGCUGGCCGACUGCGACCAGGAUGGCAUGCUGGACGACGAGGAGUUUGCCCUCGCUCAGCAUCUCAUCAAGAUCAAACUGGAGGGCUACGAGCUGCCCACUGAGCUCCCCAACCACCUGGUGCCCCCAUCCCACCGCAAAAACCCUACUGCAGAUGCCUUGUACAAUCAUAUUGAGGACUAGAGUGCUCACAGGACGCCAAGCAAGCUGCUGAAGAGAGACUGAGCAGAGAAGAGGUGUAAAAAUGUAAAGAACCAUCACAGGUGAACGUGUCUGCUGCUGCUCGUUGAACAAACAGGAGAACAAAUGGGCCACCUAAUGCUACACAAGGUCAAAGGGUAAGGUUUUGUUGGAUACAUUCACUAAGACGAUGCAUUAG